UUCGACUUUGCCACUCUCAAUGCGCCCAUCAUGAAGGACGUCAAAGCACUCUUGAAUCUCAAGAAUGGCGGCGACGAUGGAUUUGGGUUUGGAGAGGAGACCAUCGAAGAGCUCUGGGAAAAAGCUUUCGCCGAGGCGGGAGCCGAUCUCAAAUUCGACCCCAACGAGCAAAGGUUGCUGGCCGACUUUCAUACCGCAGGCAACCCGAUCGCCCAGACUGAGCUCAUUUUCCGCGAAUGGAGACAUCCUCAGGCUCGAACACCGGAAGGACAAGAUUGGGAGCAGAAGAUACGUGAAAAUGUGCAGCAGUGUCUCAGUUGGGCGCAGACAACCUGCACGUAUGCACAUGACCAUGCAAGCGGCACGUUUGCCGAACCAGUCAAGCUUCUAGCUGGAGGCAUAUCGUAUCUCCUCCAGGCUGCCCAGGAUGUCAGCGCGGACCUCAAUACCGUCCAGAGCACCUUUCAGACGAUCGCGUCGGCGAUGCAAGAAAUCAACGUCAUGGAGAAACAUCCUGUGGUCACCCCGACGGCCAAGGAAAGCUUGGUGAAGGUCUUCAUCGCCUUGCUCUAUUUCUGCUCCUACGUAGGGACCGACUUGCGAAAGCAAACGCGCUUGGUGCUUUGGCGGAAGAAGGUGCUCCGGCAACAGGUCGAUGUGACCUCGAAGCAAUGCGAUAGGGUCGAGCAGGCGAUCAAAAAGUUCCACGAUGCUAUUCGGACCGAGUCGUUUAACGAUACCAAAGAGAUCAAAGAAGGCAUUCACUGGCUGAUCAAAAAUACCAACACCAAGAUGCAACAGACUGUUUUGUUGGGGAACAUGUACAACAUGUCUGAAAAAGGAAAUGUGUUGGAUAAACUGGCCAAAACUCUUCAAGGCAAACUCCACCUCAACCUCACCGUUAUGUCUCAGAUGGCCACCAGAAUGGACACCAUCAUGCCGCAGCUGAUUGAAGGGAGUUUGCGGUGGUUCCGAGAGAACGACACCUAUCAGAACUGGCUGUACCGACAUGGCACGUGUCCUUUAUUGUAUCUCAGGGGCAAUGACGGCAUGGGCAAAACGUUUCUUACAGCACAUUGCUACAAGCUGAUACCUAUGAUGGCCGGGAGGGAUCAGACCCUUGUCCAGAAAGAAACGGUGCGGCAACAACUGAUCGUCACGUACUUCCUCUUCGAGCCGGGCAUGCAGUAUUCUCAGAGCUUUGCUGGGGUGGUGGCUUCUAUUCUUUUCCAGAUUGCGGCCCAAGACCCGAAGUGGUGUGACUCCAUUUCGACGAAGCCCGUCCUAAAGUCACACGACCCGAAGAAGGUCUGGAAUGAACUCGUGCUGAAACGGUUCGAGAAGCGAUCCCACUCGUCUGAGGAGCUCUACAUCCUUCUGGACGGCAUUUCGGAUAUGCAGCCCAAGGAGCGUGAGCCACUGCUGAAACUCUUGUAUGACACUCUCGAAGGGGGUAACCAUCGAGUGUGGAUUCUGUUGACAGGCUCCCGCGAACAGCGAGAGUUAUUCCCUGCUGAGAUGGUGGAAUCUCUGCCCCUCCCGGAAAUAAACAUACCGAAUGAUCAACGGCUUAUAGACAAUAUCAUCAAGGAGCGCAUGAAAAACUUCCCAAACCUUUCACGAAUCCGACCAAACUCGGAAGGUUAUCGGCUAAUCCACGAAUACCUCGUACAGACAUCGAACGGUAAUCCAUCCAUUUUAGAUCAGACCAUUGAGAUUCUCGAUCAGAACGGCACAAACAAAAAGUCCUUUCUCGAUUUUAUAACGGAGGUGGGUAAUGGUGAUGAGAGGUUGAUCCAGCAUGCCCUGCGGGAUUCCGACAAGGCAUUAAGCAAGGCCGUGAAGAAGGUGCUUUUGUGGUGUGCAUUUGCGAAGCAGACGCUCACCGUCUCCAAUCUCGGCGACCUUCUUCGUCUCGACAAUGAUCUUCAAGUAAAGGCCGUCAGGCUUGACGAUGUCCUAUAUCGGUGUCGCAAUCUUCUCUAUAUUCGACCCAUGCUUCCGCCCAACCUGGGGCCCCCAAGCGUGAAUGCUGAGAUAUAUUGGUGUUCCCGCCCGGAUCACGAGACGGAGAACCCUAGAGACAAGUCUCGCAAACAGCCGCCCGCCAGUGAAUAUGAGUACGUCGAGUUCCGUCAAGCGAAGUUUAAGGAGUGCAUCAAAGAAGGCAGUUCCAGAAUAAAUUUGGACGUGAAUGCCAACAAGGUAGAUAUCUUUGUGACCCUCUGCGACAUUCUUUGUGGCCCUGGGGUAGAUUCUGCUGAAUCUUUGCACGAAUAUGCGACUUUCAACCUCCUCCGGCAUCUGAAGGAUAUCGAUUUUGUAACACAAGAAAAGAGGCCAACUGACACGGAAAUGAACGAGAGGAGCCUCAGAGACAAGAUGUCAUAUUCCAAGGAGCCGAAGCCUAGACAACCCCGCAGGAUCGACAACGAGCAGCUCAAGCGGGUCGGAGAAGCUCUAUGGCGGAUCCUGACAAAUGGAACAGGCGUCUCGUCCGUAUUCGAAAAGGUCCUGUCUCAGACAGCUGCCAGCGACAUCCAUUUUGACCUGUAUGACCUUUCACUCGGACAUACGGGCGCAGAGCGUGGGUGCUGCAGAGAGUUCACGACCAGCACCAAGGAACUCGUAAGGUCCUGGGCAGAGGAGCUAAUUGGAAGAGACCAAAGCGAAAACCUAUCCUUGCCAGCACACAUCUAUAGCUGGGCAGAUAACAUGAAGAGGAACCCCGAAGGCAUGCUGGAAGAUUUGGCCAAAGGCCAUCUUCAAAGCUGGGCUCAGAAGUCAACGGCCGAGGAAGCUAAGAUUCCAUACAAACUUGCCUACCGUGCAUGCUACACUACCGGUAAAUACAAACACUGGUCGCGAGACGAUGAUGCGAUCAACACGAGGGUCGCUGAAGAUAUGCUGGGCCAGUGCCGAGACUCCCGAACCCGGUUUGCCCAAGCGCGACUGGCGGCCGCACUCCUUCUGUACGAGUCGUCCAAUAAACAAGACCGCGAUUAUGCGCUGUUUCUGUACGACAAGAAUCGACAUUUGGAUGACUCCAUGUGCGCAGAGAAACUGUAUUCAUUGCUGGGUCUUGCGGAGCAUUAUGUCCCUAGGCACGGGAGCUUCGAUGCCCCUACAACGAACUGGAUGAAAGUCAAGGAAUAUGCUGAAGAGGCGCUCAAAUGCUGGAAGGACUCGGAUGCCGCCCUGCGGCCCAAUUUCAAUGCCGAGCGAUGUAAGAGCGUUUACAUGCUUCACGCCAAGGCCUGCAUGGCCUUAUGUGAUACGAAGCUCGCCCGCAAGACGUGCCAAGACGCGCUGAGCAACAAGUUCCUCCGGAACAGCCGAGCGCUAGGGUACUUUUUGACCGUCCUCGUGCAGAUCUACGCGGACCAAGAAGCUCAUUCGUCCAUUAUCCAAACCAUACAAGACCAACUGGAAAAUCAGCCGCCGUACUUCAUCCCCGCUUGGCUGAUGAACCGCUCUCGCCAGACAAAUAAGGAUGACCGGCUACGCAGAGCAGCGGUGGCUACUGGCAACGUGGAGCUUGUCAUUCAGAUUUACGACCGUGCAAUCUGCUACUGGGCGUCCAGAGGACUGUUCCAUGAGACCUGUGUCAUGCUCUCUGAGCUUGCUACCAUCUACCGACAAGACUGCCAUGCGAUCAGGAUGGCCGAGGAUAUUUUGAACAGAAUACUGGAUGUGAUGCUUAAGGACGACGCGCUGCAGGUUGACUCCAAGCUGCUCAGUAUCAUCAUCAUGGAGCGCUUUGACAUUUAUUACGACCGAUACAGCAAGGCUCGGAACAAAACUGCGAAAGAGCCACUGUGUCAGGCCGCCAAUGCUUUGAUUGCUGAUGUUCGGGUCGCCGAUGUCAUUGAAUCCUCCACCAAGGCCAGCGUUCUCAUCACUCUGGCAAAGAUGUGGAGAGGAAUCGGGUUCAAGUACAGAGCCUACGAACAUGCCGACCAGGCCUUCAAGCUUUGCAUUGCUGAUUUGGAGGACUGGGUUGAUGACAAUGAUAUGGCUGCUUUCCGCGCCUUGACCAAGGUGUUGCAUUUUGCCGGCCUUACCAAGGAUGCCGGGAUUGCUGCGUCGCUUAUCUUUGAUCGUGCCAAUGCCAAUGCUCUGCAAGUGAGCGAGGAGGAGUACCAGAACACACUGUCAUCUGCCAUUUUGGGUGGAGAUAUGCGAAGGCCCGUGUCUGUCGAUGGCUGGAUGGCGUUGAAGGUAGAUCCCGUGAACGAUGGGCAUCCCGGAGACCCGUCAAGCCCGCAAUCGCCCACGAGCAAUUUCUCAACGGACCGCACCAACGACGAAGCUCCAACAACGGCAGCGACGACUCCCUGCAACGGAUCCAUUCAGAGUAUCGAUGUCGACGAAGGCAACGGCAGCAUGUUGCAAUGCAUGGGACCCUGUCGCAAAGAGAAGCUGACGCAGUGGGAACUGGACUCUCCCCCAUGGUAUCUGUGUCUCGAUUGCCCCUCCACCGACUACUGCAGCGAGUGCUACAAUACUCGGGACGCACAUCGUCACUCUCAGGCCAAGGGACUCUGGUCGAAGGUAUGUUGGGGGAAGCACACUUUGAUCCAGCAACCGGUAUCGGGCUGGAAGGGGGUCAAAGAUGGAGUAAUCCGGGUGGGCAGUAGUAGUCGGGGGGUGAAAGAUUGGAUGAUGGAUAUGAAGGAGCGGUGGGCGGUGGAGAUGAAGAACAACACCAAGAAGAUCCGGUGAUGUCAGAUGGCCGACACCCAUGUUGACUGAUCACAUUCAUUCGAAUUUCCUUGUCGUAUACCCUUAAUCACUCGUUCUAAUUUCUUUACUUUAUACCAUUAAUGCCAAUUGUUCCUAGUCUUCC